AGGGGCUGUCCAACCUCCUCUGUGACCCGGAACCAGCUGCUGCCUCCACCUUGCUCCCACACUGCCCUCUCACCUCCAGCCAUGGCACCCCUGCUCACUCUGUUCCUGGUGGCCCUGGUGGGCCUACCUCUGGCCCAGGCCCUGGAGUGCCACGUGUGUGCUUACAAUGGAGAUAACUGCUUCAACGCCAUGCGUUGCCCGGCUAUGGCCACGUACUGCAUGACCACACGAACUUAUUAUACCCCUACCAAGAUGAAGGUGAGCAAGUCGUGUGUGCCCAGAUGCUUCGAGACUGUGUACGAUGGCUACUCCAAGCAUGCGUCCACCACCGUCUGCUGCCAGUAUGACCUCUGUAAUGGGGCCAGCUUCGCCACACUAGGGCGCCUGGCCUUGGCCCCAAUACUCCUGGCCACCCUCUGGGGUCUGCUGUAAGCCCUGGCCCCCCAGGCAGACCCUCUCAAUGACAAAGCUUUUGAGAGACAUGACUAUAACCUCUCAUCCUGCAACCCCACCCAACAUCCUGCCUUCCGUGAGAACCUCCCAGGCUCCCUCCUCAGGGCCCAGGACUAUCAGCAAGAAGACUCUGACCUCCUCUGACCACCCAGAGGACAUCAGUUGGCAGCCUUGACUUUCAUUUUCAAAAUGCUGAUAGGUGGGACCAGACCCCUUAGAGGUGUCAGGCACUGGUGAGUAAACUCGGCCCCUUUUCCAUCCAAGGCUGGAAGUCUCUAGCACAGUGCUGUGUAAAGGAGGGGUGCUCAACCAGCCCAGGAAUGCUGAUUCGAUGGGAGUUGUGGCCAAACCCCACUCUCGGGGCAGCCCUCUGGGGGCAGUCCUAGGAGAAAAGGUUCUGCCAGGCCUAGGAAAGUCUGUCUGCUUCCUGCUGAGGCCAGCAGCUGCCCAGGACAGGUGUGGGAUGAAGGGUCAGGUGAGGAAGGCCUUUGCCCCCAUUGUCGGUCCUAGGAACUUGUGCCAGGCUCAGUGUGGGAGCAGCCUUUGGCAAAGAAAGGGGUCAGCACCCUCUAGCUCACUCACACCCCUGACCUUUCUGUCCUCACUUCCACCUCUACUGGGCACAAGGCCUGAGGCUGGCAGGGAUGUGGGAGUUGUGGCCCUGCUAUAUUUGGUGGGCCCUGAGCGCUGGCCAGGGCCCAGGGCCAGGGCUAUUCCAGGCAGAGAGGAGCUGGGCAGGGCAGUGGGCCUCCAGGGCCUGGUCCUUAGGCUAACAUGCGGGCUCUAAGAGGUCAGAGUGUGGUGUCCUUUGGGUGCCCAGCUGAGCACACAGAACGUACGCAACUAAUGCUGGACCAGGCUGAGAAGAGGGAGGUACGUGGCUUUGUAGUCAGGGUACUGGAAUGGCAGUGCCAGUAGAAACCAAACAA